CUCAUUCAACACCUUUGGGUGGUGUUCUGUAUGCGAGGUUAGUUCAUCCAUGUAGUCAAUGUCAUGUGAGAAGAAAGGAGAUGUCUUUGAAGAUUCCUAACAGGACAAUGAGCCAAUGCAGGGUAACAAGCAGAACUGUUCUGUCACCUACCCUACAAACUCACAGCGUAAACCUUCAUCACGGACACGCCCCAUUCUUUCGGGUGAAUGCCAAUCAAAGACUCGGAGGCAUCGGGUCGCAGUCGCCCAUGAACUUCUUUCCAACGCGAACAUCGACCCGCUCGUUUGGUGGAAUCUCAGUGUCGGGAACAGAGAACGACGCAGGCAUCUUUAUCCCCACCCCUACAGAAAAAUGCUAUGAGCUGCUGGAGUACAUUCAUGACAAUGCAGGGCUGCCCUGGUGGUUGACUAUACUGGCCACAACCAUUCUCCUCAGAGGGGUGGUCGUCUUUCCGUUUGCCGUGUGGCAGCAGAAGAUACUCGCAAGGAUUGAGAAUGCUCAACCGAUGAUCAAUGCGUACGUGGAGCAGAUCAAACAGAAGCUAGCUUUACAUGCCAAGGAGGAAGGAUGGUCACAGAGACACAUGGCAAAGGUCUUCAGUAAUGAGGUCCGGAUGCUGGUCAGUAACGUCCACUUUCGCGAACACUGUAGUUCACACAAGCUAUCUUACCUACCCUUCUGGCAGGCUGGUGUGUGGACGUGUAUGACGACAUCUAUUGGUCAGAUGACUGGGAAAUAUCCAGAACUCUUCUCAACGGAGCUGGACAUUGAUGUUCUACCAGCUUUAGCCAGUGAGGGUUUCCUGUGGUUCUCUGACCUAAUGCAGACUGAUCUAACUCUAGCAGUUCUUCUUGGAGUCAUUAAUGUCACAUUAGUUGAGCUUUGGUCUUUGAGGAGAGGCCCCUUAACGAGAACACAGCACUAUCUUCAGAACACCUUCAGGAUUGUAGCCAUCUGUUCUGUACCCGCUGCUGCUAUGCUGCCAUCGGCGGUGAGUUUCUAUUGGUUAAUGUCAAGUCUAUGUGGUCUAGGUCAGCUAGCGCUCUUGAGAAGUCCUUCCGUCAGACGGAUGUUGGGAAUUCCUCACGCUCCUAGCGAGAUGAAAAGACCAAUGGAAGAAAUGAAAACAGCUCUCCAAGCUAGAUAUGCCAAGAGAACCUUCUAAAAGCACUAAGGGUAUCUUAUUCUGGGUUUGAACCAUCUGCUGCCGGGGGUUACUCGAGUGUGGGUAAAAAAAAAAUCCGAUACAAUUCACAGAGUAUUUGGUAUACAUGUAGCGCCUGUUUUGCUUGCAGACUUAAAGAGAAGGUUGAGUUCUGGGAAGAGGUGAAAAAUAAUUU